AUGAACCACAUCCGCCCCCUCACGUCGCAGUUUGUGCUGAACCUUAAAACGCACCGGCUUGAGACCGAUGCCAAGCGCAACCUCAUCUUGCUGAUCUUGCGGCUGACCACUACCAAGCGCGAAGCGCGCAAUUACUUGAAUAAGUACCGCUACGCCCUUGAAGACACCCUGGACCCUCAUCUGCUUCGCAACCGUGAUUCGCAAAGUCAGUUGUUCGUCAACCGCUUCCUAGAAGGGGCAGCAAAGCCGUUCGGCACCAUUAGACUGGGAGAGUAUAUCGAUGAUACCGACCAGCCGAUAGUGGUGGAAAAGAUCCCAUUGAGAAUUGCCUUAUUCCGCAUCAACUACUCACAGGUUCCCGAGUCGUGUUGGAAGGGGAUUGGCGAGACGUUUCGUCGUCUCCAGCAGUUUGGCGUGCUGCCAGUGGUGGUACUCGACUUUGACCAUUUGGUGCGGGAAAAGUUGUUCAAAUACAAUGAGCAAUACAUUUUGAGUCAAGCGACCAAAUUGGUGAACCGAAUGGCGGAGCUUAACGUCAAUUGUCGGUGGAUCCAGUGUCCCGAUGAUGAACUGAUGCUGCUGCUUUUGGUACCCUUAUACCAAAAUGCUAUCCCCAUCGUGCUGCCAAUCUUUUACAAUAAGCUGACAUCGCAAAUGCAAAUUGAGUCGUGUGUCGACGUACUCCAGCUGAUGAUUUCAUUGCUUAAGCCGAUGAAUGACUUGUUAUCAAUUGAAAAGCUCGUGUUUUUGGACCCUCAGGGUGGUAUCCCCAGUAUCGAACGGAACCAGACGAGUCACGUGUUUAUCAACUUGACCCAGGAGCUUACUGAAAUCCAAUCAGAAUUGUACAUUGGCCACUUAUCGCCCAAAGUUAGAGACAUCCACUUGCGGAACUUGGAGGCUAUGAACAAGUUGCUCAAAGCGGCUAACGGCGACACCACCGGCAUCAUCACCACUCCCGAAGUGAUGGCGGUCCACGAUGAUACUAUGAACCCCAUCGUGUAUAACGUGCUCACCGAUAGAGCGGUGAUCUCGCUGUCGCUUCCGCCGAACUCGCUUCGUACUCCUGAAAUCAGUACCAGUAUCCUUAAACGCGGGGUCCUGGUAGAAAUCUGGGAUGCCUCAGUGCUUGGUCGUGAGUUCACAUUGAACGAGCUCUUUUCCAAAGGUCUUGUUGAUAAGCAGAAAUUGGUCGACCUUCUACAAGAUCUGUUUGGUAAACCGCUUGACAUUGACAACUACUUUAACCGUAUCGACUCCCUGGUGGCUACGUUAGUGAUUGUGGGUGACUACGAUGGGCUUGCCAUCAUAACAUGGGAAACUCCUGCUCAAGGCGGCAAGAAGGUCGCCUAUCUUGAUAAGUUUGCCAUUGCCAAACGCAACCAGGGGCUUCCUGGCUUAGCUGAUAUCAUCUUUAAGAUCAUUGUCCAGGCCCACCCUGAGGAACUCUUGUGGAGACUGCGGCAAAAUAAUCCAGUCAACAAGUGGUACUUUGAACGGUGCUGCGGCAGCGUUUGUCCUGACGACCACUGGCGGUUAUUCUUUACCGGGGCCAUCUUUGGUAAGAAACUACGCAAGAAUGCCGCUGAUCUGAUCGACAUUGGCGAGAAAGUACGCCAAUACCUGGGCAUCUGCCUGGCCAUCAAACCGUCAUUCCUCUCAUAA